AAGCUAAAGUGAAAUAAAAGCCAAAGUGCUCACUUUUCCACAUAUUUGUCCCCUCUUUUCUCCCCAUUUCACCUUCACGUGAGUUUCCAAUUCUUCCCUCUUCUUUCUCUCUCUCUCUCACCUCACUCUAUCUAUCUAGUAACCAAAAUUACUAGAUCAGAUCUUAUUCCUCCGUUGAUGACCACAUUGUAAACCUCAAAAACACUCUCUCUCGUUCCACCUCCAUGCCUUUCUCGACCACAUUCUAAACUUAAAAUUUUAUCGCUCUCUCGUUCCACCUCCAUGCCUUUCUCUCUUCGUUUAUGACCACAUUCUAAACUUAAAACUUUUUUUUUAUAGCUCGCUCUCUCGUUCCACCUCCAUGCCUUUCUCUCUCCUCUCGAUCUUUAUAGUUAUCUUCCUCUACAUAACUCCGUCAAUCUCCCACUUACCUUGUUCUUCUUCGCUCACUAGAUCUUGCCCUCCUUUCAACACCACCCCACCUUACCCUUUCUCCACUUCCCCAGGUUGUGGCCACCCUUCUUUCAAACUCCAUUGUUCUUCUACUUUCUCUCUCCUCAAAAUCAAUAACCUCUCUUUCUCUCUUCUCCACUAUGACCCUAUCUUCUCCUCUCUCCUCCUCUCCCCUAUUUCUCUCUCCUCCAUUUCUAACAAAUCCAAAUCCAAAUCCAAAUCUUGCCCUUCUAUCUCUCACUUCCCUUCAAUCCCUUCUCACCCCAUUAACCUCUCUAACACUCCCUUCAAAAUCUCUGAUUCUUCUUGCUCACGUUUCUCUCUCCUCAAACCUUGUUCUGGGCCCACUCUCUCUCUCCCUAACUGUAGUAUCUGUUCUUGGCAUUGCUCUCUUGUGAAAAACCCGCUUCGUCUGCUCCAUGGGUGUGGGCCCGCUCCAAGGCCCGUUUCUGAUCAGGGUUGUCAAAGUGAUGUUCUGGGUUACUUGGAUAAGAUACUUAAAGUUGGUAUUCAAGUUGAGUAUCAACAAGAUGAUGAUGUUUUGUUUCAGAAAUGUAAUGAUUGUCGCUCUAGUAAUAAUGGAGUUUGUGGGUUUAAUGAAUCUGAUCCCAAUAAAUCCUUUUUGUGUUUUCGUGAAUCAGUGUUGUUUCCGCCAUUGUUGAUGCACCAUAAGAAGAAGAUUACUGCAUUGUACUCUGUUUUUGUUAUCUUAUGUUUGUUAUGUGUAUUUGGGGUUACUUAUUUCGCUUUCAGAAAUUGGAAAAUUGGUGGGAAUAAUAUGAGUGUAGAAGAUCCGAUGACUGUUUUUCUACAGAAUCAUCGUUCUACUUCUUUGCUUCCUCCAGUUUUUACCUACGAAGAGCUUGAGUCGUCGACGAAUAGAUUCGAUUCGAAGAGAAAAAUCGGUGAUGGCGGAUUUGGUUCGGUUUAUUUGGGGAAAUUGUUUGAUGGUCGAACUGUUGCUGUUAAAUAUUUACAUAGACAUGGUGGGAAAGCUGUGCCAACUAAGUCUUUUUGUAAUGAAAUAUUGAUAUUGUCAUCAAUUGAUCAUCCUAAUUUGGUUAAACUACAUGGGUAUUGUAGUGAUCCAAGAGGGUUAUUAUUGGUUUAUGAUUAUAUCCCAAAUGGGACUUUAGCUGAUCAUCUACACGGUCCGAAUCGGAAUAUUUCGGGUUCGUUGAGUUGGGUGACUCGAGUCGAUAUUGCAUUGCAGAUCGCAAUUGCAAUUGAAUACCUCCAUUUUGCAGUCCAACCACCGGUUGUUCACCGCGAUAUUACGACAUCGAAUAUAUUUGUAGACCAGCAUUUGCGGGUUCGAGUUGGGGAUUUCGGGUUGUCAAGGUUAUUGGUUUGUGCAGAACAACAAAGGAAUUUGUCUGGGGAAUUAACAGGGUCGUCUACAGGUUGUGUUUGGACUGGACCACAAGGGACACCGGGUUACUUAGACCCGGAUUAUCAUAAAUCAUUUCGGUUAACAGAAAAGAGUGAUGUAUAUAGUUUUGGGGUUGUCCUUUUAGAGUUGAUAACCGGGUUGAAGGCAGUUGAUCAAAGGAGGGAAAAGAGGGAGGUGGGGUUGGUGGAUAUGGUAGUUGCAAGGAUUCAAAUAGGGUUGUUGGAACAAGUUGUGGAUUCCACAUUGGCAGCUCAAGGACCUGCUGUGGCUGAGAGUGUUGCUGCUGUUGCUGAGCUUGCUUUCCAGUGUGUAGCUGCCGAUAAGGAUGAUCGGCCUGAUGCUCGAGAAGUUGUGGCAGAGCUGCGGCGGAUAUGGAGCCGCAUUCGUGGCGUUAAAGGGUCUAACUCCAACGUUGUGGUGGUUCCGGCGUCAGCUGAGCCUGAUCCCUGAGGGAUGUGAAUAGAGUGUCUCUUCUUGGGUUUUGGAUGUCAAAAUGUAAUCUUGUACCACUACUAGUUACUAGUUACUAGUUACUACUACUGUUAUUGUUGGUGAUAUUGGUGGGAGGUUUAUGGAGGGUUAGAUAAUCAUAAUGGUUUAUGUCAUUGUAAUAUAAUUCCAUAGAUCAUCAUUAUCACCCAAUGAAGUGUAUUCAUAUGAUCAUUUAAAUAUGAUGAAUAGAAAAACUUUUACUUAUAGUAAUAAUGGGUAUUUGAUUUGCUAUUUUUAUCU